GCAACCACAAGCACAACAGGGCUUUCUUCUCGCUAACUUACAUUAUAUAUCUUCCAGUCCUGAACAUUAUUGCCGCCAUUUUCUCUAUUCAAUGCUUUCUUGUAUUCCAGCCUUAAGUUAACGGAUACUUUUGUAUUCUAGAGUCGUUGAUUUUAUCUUCUUUUCACGAUAAAACUCCUCCGCAUCAUCCUGCUGUAAUGGCUGAUUUGGGGUUUAAUGAGCACCAUCAGAAUGAGGUGAUAAAUUACAUGCGAUUUGCCCGCUCUAAACGGGUGCAGAGACUGAAGACCGUCGACUCCUGUUUCCAAGACUUGAAGGACAGCAGGCUCAUUGAGGAGACAUACACAGUGGACGAGGUGUCUGACAUGCUGGAUGGACUGCAGGUUCUGGUGCGUGGAGAGGUGGAGAUGGAACUCAUAAACACAGCUCACACUAACGUGCUGCUGCUGCGACAGCUCUUUUCCCAGGCGGAGAAAUUCUACCUGAGACUGCAGACUGACAUCUCUGAGCUGGAGAACAGAGAGUUACUAGAACAAGUUGCUGAGUUUGAGAAGACUGAUUUCAAACCUAACAGCAAGGUAAAUCAGGAACCCAAUAAACCAAAAUUAGCACCACUGAAUGAAGGAGGUGUGUCUGAACUACUCCAGAAGGAGAUUUCUAGACUUCAAGAGGAGAAAGAUAAAUUGAAAUCUAGACUACAAACUUUGGAAUCCCAGGCCAUGAGUGCUCUAGACGACAGGUCCAAAGCAGAAAGAGCCUUGAAAGAUCUUCAGAAGAACCAAGGAGAUCAGCAGUCUGCAACGUGUGCUCAGGAGAUUGCUAAUCUGGAAGAUACAGUAGCAGCAAUGCAGGCUGACUUCGAGAAGACUCUGAGUGCCAAAGUUGCAUCUCAGAAAGACCUGCAAGACAAACUGGUAUCUGCUAAACACGACCUGCUCCGUGUCCAGGAGCAACUUUCCCUGGCUGAGAAGGAACUGGAGAAGAAAUUUCAGCAGACUGCUGCUUAUCGUAACAUGAAGGAGAUUCUCACGAAAAAGAAUGAUCAGAUUAAAGAACUGAGAAAGAGAUUACAGAGGUAUGAAUCGGAUGAGUGAUUGUUUAAACUACAGGACACAAAGAGACUUUUAGUGGAUACUAAAGGAAGUAAAGUUAUUUUUGGCCUAGAAAGCUAUACAUAUAAAAAAAAAUCAGCAAGGGACCAAAGUAUGAGUAACAAGGAGAAGAAGGGAUUUUGUCAUUUCUCAUCAGUGAGACCAACAUCUGACAUACAGUAUCACCAACAUGUUGCUGUAUGAUUUAGUAGUUUUCUGUGCUUUAGAGAUAUAAUUCAGACAUGACACUACAAUUGCUUAUUUCUCAUCACUCUGUAUUCUUCAGUGUCUGUGGCUGGUUGCCAGAGAGGCACUUUAUUCAAGUUCCUUCAUGUUUUUGCACAGGAAUAUUGUGUUUUCUUUGAAGAAAAGAUAUGUAAUGUCCAAGGCUUUGUUCCUAUUACUUAGAGAUGAAUUUAUCCUUGACACUUUGAUUGUUUCUGGGUAUGACAAAUCUUUACUCUUUGUUCCAGAUGACAACACAUCUGUGCAUCUUUUUCAGUUUUUGUUGUUUUUCAGAUUUUAUGCAUAAGUUAUUCUACUAGAAAGUUUAGCUGCUACAGCUAGAAUAACCUGAGUUUGAAAAAAUUGUAGAUGACAACAUUCCAAAGGAUAUAUCUGUGAAGCCUGCAUAUAAUGCAUUAUAAAGGUAUACUUAAAGGGGUAGUUCACCGAAAAAAAAAUAUCUAAUUGUUUACUCACACUCAUGCCAUCACAGAUGGGUAUGACUUUCUUUUUUUUUUUCAGAACAUAAAUGUAGAUUUUUUAUAAGAAUAUCUCAGAUCUGUUGGUCCAUACAGUGCAAGUGAAUGGUGACCAAAGUCUACAGUGCUUUAAUUUGGUCACCUUUGACUAGCCCGACCAGUAGGUGGCAAUAUGCACGAAGAAUGUCAAUCGCCAAAAAACAAAGAAGAAGAAUGUAGAAGUGAAAGUGGAGAUAUAUAGUAAAAAAAGGACGUAAAUAUUUAUCUGUUUCUCACCCACACCUAUCACAUUACUUCUGAAGAUUUGGAUUUAAACACUGGAGACUUAUGAAUUACUUGCAUGUUUCCUUUAUUUGAUUUUUGGAGAUUCAAAGUUCUGGCCACCAUUCACUUGCAUUGUAUGGACCUACAGAGCUGAAAUAUUCUUCUUAAAAAUCUUUGUAUGUGUUUCACAGAAAAAAAAGUUGAAAGUCAUACACACCUGAAAUGGCAUGAGGGUGAGUAGAUGAUGAGAUUUUUUUUUUUGGGUGAUCUAUUCUUUUAAUACAUUAUAACUUAUUCAUAAAGCAUUAUAACACCUAAUCUAUUGAAGCUAAAUAAUUGUAACCACAGUUAUAGUACAUAAUACAUACCUACACAUGGUUAUACCUGUACAUAAAAUAUUGUAUAUUUCUAAUAAUGCAUUGUACUCUUAAAAGGCAGGGGCUUGGAUGGGUAGAUAUUAUAAUUGUUGUUACAGUAAUUUAUAAAAAGAUAAAGGAUUACAAUGUGUGUGUGUUACAUGGCAUUAAGAAUAGUUUUAUAAUACAUAAUAUACACAGAAAACCUGAAAAACACACACAGUAGAGACUUUACUGAUAUAUCUGUGGUGGAAUUUUGAAGAGUUUGUGUAUGUCAAUGUCAAAAAUGUUGUCAUUUUUUAAUUUGUUUGACUAUAGUUGGAUACUGUCUGACUGUACUGUGUUAUUAGUUAUGUUGGCCCUCUGAAUAUUCCUUCAUUUCUUUUCUUCAUUCUUUUAUUCUUAUUCUGGCUCACACCACAGUGGGGUACCAAUCCACAACCUUCAUUAUUAUUAUUAUUAUUAUUAUUAUUUUGCUAUUCUUUUUCAUUUGGCUUUGAAUGUUUUGAAAUACCUUGUAAAAUUGGUGUUCAAUGUCAGAGGCUGUACUUAAUUCUCUUUGAAAAGCUGAAAAGUAUCUACAUUUCAACACUAACAGACCAAUUACACUCAGAUUGCAGUCUUCACAACAGUGGAGACACUAGUGCUUUAAAAUGUUUCCUGUAUUGCACAUUCAUUAUAUAUUUGUAUGCUAUUCACAGUAUAUUUUUGUAAGACCUGCAUCUUUUCCCCAAUCAGAAAGGAUUGCUUGAACAACUGUUGGAGUGAUAUACUCUACCUUUGGUAGGGGUCUUUUAUUGUGUGUAACCUUUCUAGUGCUGUAAUAUUAGUGUGAAAGUGCAAUUGUUCACAAAUGAGCUCAUAAAGUCAGCUUUUGCAGCACUCAUGGUCUGAUUAUGGUUUAUUGCUGCUAAAACGACUCUCCUAGAUUCUUUUGUAACUUUUAAAUCUAAUCACAGUUAUUUGAUCUCUUAUCAUUGUGACCUUAAAUGCAGAGAAUAUUUAGCCUGAGAAGGACCACUUGUAUUAAAAUAAAUGGUAUACACUGGAAAGGCCAAUAUGGUGGAUGGAGAAAAGAAAGUCUCGCCUUUCAGGUAAAAGAGCCAGUCAUCUUUUAGAAUGUGCUCACAAGAGCCUGCAUGCACAUUAGAUAGACCAGCCUGAAAAAUAGCAUUUGUUUUGCGUAAUCUUUGCUAAAGAAGCACAAUUUAUGAUACCGAUGUAGUGAGAUUUUACUGCUGAUUUGAAAUGUGUUAUUUGAUUGUAAUCUUCACCAACUGUUUUGGAGAUUGUCUUUACCCAUUAAAGUAGAUUGUGGUCCCUUGCAGGUGCUGCUUGUAUUCAUAGAAAGUAGCUGCCCGGGAGAGUUCCAAAAAUGUACACUAAGUGGACUGGCUCGCCUUAAUUGCGACUUUGUUUAAAUUAUAUCAAAUUCAGAUAAGAUAACAAAUUCAGUUUAGACGCGGUAAUGUUUUCUUUUAGGCCAAGAACAUCCACUUGCCUGAACAUCAUGUAAAAAAUGACCAACCAUAGUUCAUUUUUUUUAUGUGACAUUUAAGGGGCAAGCAAAUCUGAAAUUGGUGGACGGUGGUAGAUCAUUCCAAUAAUUGCACAAAGCCUCCUUGCAGAGGUUUUACAGAUAA